AUGAGAACGGAGGAUUACGACGAUAUGUCGCAAGUCUUUCUCGUUAUGCUUCACACACAGGUUGCCACUGCACUAGCAGCUCAAGAGUCACGGGACCCUGUUUUCGAUCUCUCGGGCUGUAAUCUCCCUCAGCUUCCGCGCGGAGUUGAGGCCCAAGUGAGGGUUUUCCAGAAGACGGUCCUUCUGCUCCACAGCAACUGCCUCAAACAACUUUGCAGUUCUGGCAAACCUGGGGACCUUGCUAACCUUGUGCAUCUCGAUUUACACGCCAAUCGCUUCGAUAUUCUGAACAUAAGCCAAAAUAAACUGCGCAUCUUGCCAGUCGAACUCGGAAACCUAAGAAGUCUUCAAGUACUAAACGUUGAAGACAAUUUGCUGUCCAGUCUGCCGGACUCCCUCGGCGAUCUCACAAAUCUGCGCGAACUCUGUCUGGACAGGAAUCCCUUGCAAACCCUACCCCUGCGUCUGGGACGCCUCCGACAGUUAAAGAAACUGACUGUUCCCCUGGACUCCCUUUCGACUCCUCCAAGAGGUAAUGCCCUCGCAUGUAUUGAAAGUCUUUAUCACAUUUUGUCGCCACUUUUGCGCCCCCUUCCUACCUGUGUUAAGGCAACUCCAACAGAACACAUUUGUGUACUUUGUGUAUGUGUGUGUUGA